AGAAGAAAAGGAACACGUGACGUCACAUGACGAACAACAUCCACUUCCUCUGUAGCGCAUAUUUCCGUGGUAAUUCCUCUUUUAAUUUGAUUACUUUUCCCGUAUAAGUCGUUGUCUUCUGUUGCGGUGAUGGGGUCCAUAGAUUGAGAUUCUUCGGUUAGUUAUUUGAGUAGUCCUGUUCAUGUUGAGGACUCUCCUGGCUAGCCAGCUAGCUAACGGAGUCGCUGGUUAGCUCUGUUGAAAACAUCGACGACGUGUGGAGCCAACGAGACCUAAAGGCUUCUGAAUGCAGGGUCGAUGGCCACCAUCUUCCCUUCACAUGCAAAUAUGAUGUAUCCACCGACCAGAAAGGAUUUCAUCUCUCUUACUCUCACCGACCCAACCUGUAACAUUUACAACAAUGGGAAACACCGCAAACAGUCCUACUGGAGGAAAUGGAAGCAGCUGUCUCGACUUCAGCGCAGCCUUAUCCUCUUCUUUCUUGCCGUUGCACUCGUAUUGGCACUACUCUCCUAUUCCCGCAUGUCGACGUCAAGGACUGGUUCAUCAAAAAAGGAAGACUGGCUGGAAACGAAUGAUGAUCGGUUGAAGUCUGAAUUUCUCCAUGGCAAGGUUCAACCUGUUGUUGGCCCAAAUUCCAUGACUGACAAAGGACCAAAUCUCCCCAUUUUUCAAAGCCCUCCCAUAAAUAAGAAAUUUCCAAACAAGAGAGGUCCACCAAGUCUGAAGAAACCUGCAAACGCUUCACACACACUUUUGGAAAAACAAGAUGUACAAUUACCAGGUGAAAAGGAAAACGGAGAGAAAGAAAAAAAGUUGGUCAGCUGGAGAGGAGCAAUGAUUGAAGCCGAUCAGGUCACUGAGCCUCCACCCUCGGCCAAUGAGAAGGUUGCUGCAGUCGCCCCAGCACCAGCCGCUUUUGUCCCAACCACUGGUUUACCUGUCGGUGUGGACAGGCUGGAGGCUGUGCGUGAUGCCUUUCGACACGCGUGGAAGGGCUACAAGAUGUACGCCUGGGGCCACGAUGAGCUCAAGCCCAUCUCCAAGUCUUUCAGCGAGUGGUUUGGCCUGGGUUUGACCCUCAUUGAUUCUCUGGACACCAUGUGGAUGAUGGACUUGAAAGAAGAGUUUGCAGAGGCAAAGCAAUGGAUAGAGAAGGAGCUUUCUUUCAACCAAAAUGUGGAUGUGAAUCUGUUUGAGACAACCAUUCGCAUCCUCGGAGGUCUGCUGAGUACCUAUCAUCAAACUGGAGACCAACUGUUCCUAAAUAAAGCCAAAGACCUCGGCUCCAGAUUGAUGCCUGCCUUCAAAACCCCCUCAAAGAUUCCUUUCUCUGACGUGAAUAUCGGGAAGGGAACAGCUCACCCACCCCGAUGGACGUCCGACAGCUCCAUGGCGGAGGUCACGAGCAUUCAGCUGGAAUUUCGAGAGCUGAGCCGCCUCACUCAGGACCCACAGUACAAGGAGGCUGUAGAUGAGGUCAUGAAGCAGGUCCACAAGCUGCCGGGCAAACACGACGGACUGAUACCGAUGUUCAUCAACACCAACAGCGGGCAGUUCACUCACCGAGGCAUCUAUACGCUGGGCGCCAGGGCGGACAGCUACUAUGAAUACCUGCUCAAGCAGUGGCUCCAGGGAGGCAAGAGCGAAGACGAGCUUUUGGAGGACUACAUUGAAGCCAUCAACGGAGUGAAAAAGCACCUGGUUCGACAGACGGGGCCGCACAAAUGGACCUUUGUUGGAGAGCUGUCCCAUAACCGCUUCAGUCCCAAAAUGGACCACCUGGUGUGCUUCCUGCCGGGAACCCUGGCACUGGGAGCCCACAAUGGCCUUCCUGGGGACCACAUGGAUUUAGCGGCACAGUUAAUGGAGACUUGUUACCACAUGUACGCACAGAUGGAGACCGGCCUUAGCCCAGAGAUCGUGCACUUCAACCUGCAUGCCGCUGACGGCCAUGACAUUUUUGUCAAGCCUGCAGACCGACAUAACCUGCUGCGACCAGAAACCGUCGAAAGUCUGUUCUACAUGUACAGAUUCACAAAGGACCCCAAGUACAGAGAGUGGGGAUGGGAAAUUCUGCAGAGUUUCAAUAGGUACACCAAGGUCUCAGAGGGAGGCUACACAUCUAUCAACAACGUCCGUGACCCCACGAACCUGGAGCCCAGGGACAAAAUGGAAAGUUUCUUCCUGGGAGAGACAUUGAAGUACCUCUACCUGCUCUUUUCCGACGACAUGGAACUUCUCAGUCUGGACAAAUACGUCUUCAACACCGAGGCCCACCCACUCCCCAUAUGGCCCUCUCCGCCCAAGUGACGGCACCGUACAGGUGAUGUGUGCUUCACUCAUGCCGGGAUGUCCUCGGAAGACUGUGGGCGGCGUUCCUCAGUCGGGUGCGUCGUCGAGUUGCCGGACUGCCGUGGUGAUGCCCAAUGACCCCAGGUGGGUGCAGGCCACUUGUACUUUGCUACAUUUUCUAUGUGGAGCGACUUCUGUUACAAGUUUCUCUAGGAAAUGGUCUGAGCUGGCCUCUAGUGUCAAUUAAAAAAAAAGCGGGGGGGGGGUUGGAAGUAGGCCUGGGGCUUGACAUGAACUCUUUUGUCACUUGCGAGCUGUUGAUACUUUGUGUAUGUGUGAAUAAUGAGUUUGAUUGGGAUCCUUGAAAUUCAGAGCGUUGUGAAGAGUAUUUAAAAUGAAGGCUGUCAAUUACCGUUUGGUGUCUGAAUCUUUAAAUGACUGCUUCGCCCUUUCGGAGAAAUUUAUUCCGUCACAACUUUUCACGAUCAGAAGCUUGCGUUCGUUUUUCCACCUCUGAGGUUUUAUUGCACAAAAGGAGGUUCAAGUACCAGAAUGUUAAUCGCUCAAACAGACGUUUUCAUGAGACAAAAUAAUGUGAAUGAUUGCACUCUUUUUCGCGUCCCAAACCAAUGCGGGCUUUCAAAAGAAAGAUUUGGGAGGCUACUUUGCUCAUCAUGACGGAUUGGAAUGUCAACAAGGUUUUUUUGCCAAAGAGUUGGGAAGUCCCGCAAUGCGUUUACUCUCCGAGAACUGCAACAAGGUUGAACUGUCACAGAAACAAAAGAACGUUGGACACUUGUUUCGUUACGCCUUGAUGACCUGAGAAGGGAAGAAAACGGACUUGUCGCUCUUUUUUCAGCUUAUGUUUUAGUUUGUCAAUGGGAUUUUUUGGAUGUAUAUUUGUCAUAUGUUCAUCAGACCUUACACCCCACCCCCCUCCUAAUUUGCUUCUUGUCAGUGUUUUUUUUUUUUUGUAAAGAUCUCCCACAAAAAUUGGGGCAAUUAAAUUAUUCGAAAUGUCUUAAGAGGAAUAUUUAAGAUUCGGGUCCAACUUCUGUGUUCAACGUAGGCAUCUGUGCAUUUUUUUGUAGAACAGCUGUAAGACCUUCAGAAGGAAUAAUGAACUUGUCACGCAAAAAAAAAAAAAAAAAAGAAUGAAUUGUGAUUAGAAUCUAUUGUGUCGCUACCGCAGUGGUGCCUUCAGAUGAACAUAAGGUGUUCCAUGACCUCGCUCUAAACUUAAAUGCUCAUCUCAAAUCAUCUUUCCCCAUUGAAAUGAAUAGAAAUGUCAUGAUUCAUCCCAACCACCCCCACACUGUCAUGCACUUUCUAAAAGCAUACAAUAAGGACCGUAUUUAAUCGAAGCUCCUCCUAUUGAGUAUGCCUUGGCCACCGGGGGCAGUCUAAUACUGACACAGAUCUACUGAACAUGGAAAUGGUUUCAGUGCCUCAGUGAGGCAGUAAUAUUUGCCAUUGUCAUCAGGGGAUAAAGAAUACGUGCCUGUGAUUGUUAUGGCCGCGGUACAUGUGUUGCUGCACCGUUUGUGUUCAAACAUCCAGACCGAUGUGAUGUUUUCAACACACAUAAUUUUCUUCAUGACGUUUGACAGUGAACUUCAACUAUGACUGGCAUUAAACGGAUUGAAGUGGCUUUUUUUUUGGAAGAAUUGUUCCUCUCAGCCAAACUGCCACUUAUGUGAAGUGACUGACUUGAGUGGUGCCGUCGUCUCGUACCCUGAGUUUCAACCGCUUUUCUUGGGAUGUGUCAAUCUCCCAAUGUUCUGAUCACUCGUGUUCUCCUGUGCCUGACCGAAUGUUACGUUGUCGUGUUCCGUUGCCGCAGGCUCGUGAAAUGGCUGCAGUCCUAGUUUGGUUUUAUUUCGAUUGUGACGUGCGCGUGACUGAAAACGAUGAUGUUCAUAUUUUGCAGAAAGGAUUUUUGGACCUGUAUUUCCAGCUCCGCGAUUAAUUUUAAGCCAUUUGGCUUUGAACACAGGGAACCACUGCCAUAUUUGCACCCUGAUUUUUUAUUUUUCCUUUCCAUUUAUGAUGCCUUCUAGUUUACCUUGAACUAAUGUCUGUUUAAAAAUUACUCAAUGUUUUUUUUUUCCUUUGGACUGACUUUGCGGGAAAAUUGUCAAUAGCCUAAUUAAAAAUGAUACAUAAAUCUCA